AUGGCAGCCCUCGUUGGGAGCCUCCGCCGUAUAUUGGGCGGCGAAGAGGCAGUACCAGCAGCAGCAGAUACAGCAGCAGCAGAUACAGCAGCAGCAGAUACAGCAGCAGCAGAUACAGCAGCAGCAAGCUUAGCAGCAGCAGCACCUGCAGCGGCUGGUCUGCUUGCUUCCCUCGAUGGGAGCAGCAGAGCUGCUGGAUCUCGGCCGUUGCAGCAGCAGCAGCAACCGCAGCAGGGGCAGCAACUGCAGCAGCUGGAACAGGAAAAGCUGGAGCUGCUGCAGCAACGGCGGCUGCGGCAGCGGCUGCAGCAGCAGCUGCGACGGCAGCGGCGGCGGCAGGAGCUAAUGGAGCGACGGCAGCAGGAGCAGCAGCAGCAACGACAGCAGCAGCACCAACAGCAGCAGCAAGAACAGCAACUGCAGCAUGCGCAGCAACGACAGGGGCUGCUGCGGCUGCAGCAGGAGCGACUGCAGCAGCAGACACCCCAGCAAGUAGAGCAUGAGCAGCUUGAGGAGCAGCUGCUGCAGCAGCAAGUGCUGCGCGCGCAGCAGCAAGCGCAGCGGCAGCAACUACUACGACGACCUGAGCAGCAACUGCAGCAAGCAACUGAGAGGAACCAGCUACGGCAGCAGCAGGAGCAGCAGCUGCUGCAGCGGCAGCUGCAGCUGGAACUGGACCAGCGAGAGCAGCAGCAGCAGCUGCUGCUGCGUCAUCAUCAGCUGCUGUUGCAUUUGCAGCAACAGCUAGAGCAGGAGCAGCAGCAUGUGGUGACGGGAGUGCAGCAGCAGCAGAGCCAACGGGACCUGGAGCAGCUACAACAACUGCAACAACUGCAGCAGCUGCUACAGCAGCAACAGCAGCAGCAGCAGCAGCAGGAGCAGCAGCAGGCACUGCAGCAGGAACGAUCCAUCAGAUCUAGGGAGAGGCUUCUAUUAGAAUUGGGGUUACAUCUAAAGUAUACAAUGAAUGAGAGGACGGAUGUAGCGCAGCAGCUGCAGCAGCAACAGCAACUGCAGCAGCAGCAGCAGCACCAACACCAUAGUCUCCUGCAGCAGCUCGAGCAGCUCGAGCACGAUCGGGUCCGGCAGGAUCAGGCACAGAGGAAGCAGCAAGAGCUGCUGCAGCAGCAAAGAAUACUGCAGCAGCGCGGAUUACUGGAGCAGCACCAGCAGCCGACAGAGUUGCAGCAACAGCAGCAGCAGCAGCAGCAGCAGCAGCAGCAGCUGUACACAGGCAGUGGAGGAGCAGCAGCAGGGCAACCAUGCUCAGCUGAGACAUUGGAUAAGAAGAUAGCUUUGCUGACAUCGAUGCUGCAGCAGCGGCUGCAGCAGCAAGGGCUACAGCAGCAGAUACUGCAGCAGCCGCUGCUGCAGAAAGAGGCCGAGCAGACGAAGCAUGAGCCUUUCUCGCGGAGUGCCUCUCAACUGCAGCAGCAGCAGCAGCAGCAGCAGCAGCAUGCGCAUCAUAUGCGGCAGCAGGAGUCUUCUUAUGCGGAAAAGCUUCUCCAACAUCUCUCAGCCCACCAACUGCACUACCGCCAGCAGCAGCAGCAGCAGCAGGAGCAGGAGCAGCAGGAUGAGGAGGAUCAGGAGGAGGAGGAGGAGGAGGAGGAGGAGGAGGAGCACCUCUCCUUGCAGCAAAAAUUAGAUCUCUUAGUCAACCACCGCCUGCUGCAGCAAAUGGUACUACCAGCUGACUCUCCAAAUACCUCCACCAUCACCUCCCGAUUCCUCUUAAGGAAUCAUAUUACUAUGACGGAGGACCUCCAGAGGGUACAGGCUUACCAGAGGGCCCUUAAGGUCAGAUUUAGAGGGGGGCCCCUUAGGUGUGAGGGGCCCCCUACGGGGGCCCCCCACCCCAAAGGGGCCCCUGGGGUCCUACGGCGUGGACCCCUUGUUAUUGAAAUAGGCACAGGACCCUUCGCGCUGCUGUCUAUUAAUGCAGCAAGAGAAGGAGCAAGGAGGGCAUUAGCAUUAGAGGCAGAGCGCAGCAGCAGCAGCAGCGCUUGCUGCUUUGUUAAGGCAUUAGGGUACGAUAAACAAAUAAAAGUUGCAUGCGCAUACAGCACAGAUAUAUCUCCUGCUAGAUUCAAGAAACUGCUUACCUUUAAGCAGCAGCAGCAGCAGCAGCAGCAGCAGAAGGGGAAGAGCGCGCGGACUGAUAGCACCAGCAGCGGGUGCAGCAAAGGAAACUCACCUGCUGCUGAAGAAGCUGAAACAGCUCCAGCAGCAGCAUCACCUGCAGCAGCAGCAGCAGCAGCAGCAGCAGCAGAAGGGGAGGAGGAGGACUUGAGUAAUGUCUUGCUGCUGCACGAGAUUAUAGGGGACUUCUCGGGUAAUGAAGGUGCAGCAGAUGUAAUCCUUCAUCUGCAGCAGAUGCUGCAGUUGCUGCAGCUGCAGCAGGGUGUACAUACACCUCGUCUCCCUAAGUCUAUCCCCUUAGCAGCAAGAACACUGUUGCGGCCCUGCUGCUUACCGCAGCAGCAGCAGCUGCCCUUUGCUCAUCAUACAUAUACGCAGCGCAGCAGGGUGUCUCCUAGGAGGAGGCUGCUGCAGGCUGUGGGGCUGCUGCAGCAGCCGCUGCUGCUAGCAGAAUCUGCUGCUUCUGUUGAGGUGCUGCGGGGCCCUAACUCAGACCCAAAGGCACGCAGGGUGCAGCGGCCGCAGCAUCCGUCCGAUACACUGCAGCUCAAGCAGCAGCAGAAGCAGCAGCAGCAGCAGCCGGUGGAUGCGUCAGACGAUGCAGCAGGAGAUGGCGAAACAACAGCAGAAACAGCAGCAGCAGCAGCAGCAUCAGCAGCAAAAGAUAAUGAUUCUUUUUUAUCAUCUGUUGCUUCUGCAGCUGAAGCAGCAGCACCAGCAGCAGCUGCUGCUGCUGCUGCAGCAGCAAGUAUGGAUGGAGAAUCUGCUGCUGAAGGAGUACGUCCAGUAUUUGAAGAGUUGCUGUUUGAGGAAUGCAUGCAGCAGCAGCAGCAGCAAGAAAGACAUCUAACUUUUGUUGUUGCUAAGGAUGGCCUAUUUGCUGGUCUCUGUAUUACUAAUGAAGUUGAACUCGCCCCAGAGAACAAGUCACCCCCGCCUUCUCAGAAGACAGCGGGGGGAGGACGCAGCUGGUGCAGCAGCAUCAGCAGCAACCUCAGCAGCAGCAACAGCAGCCGCUCUAUAUCCGAAAGGCGCUCUCCUGGUAGCAGCAGCAACAACAACGUCAGCAGCAAAAGGAGCAGAAGCAGCAGCAGGAGCUUGAAACCUAAAGAAGAGCUAUCCACGCAUGCUGCUGACGAGGAGACAGAAGCCACAACCGACGUGGAGAAGGAAGGAGGAGGAGCAGCAGCAGCAACAGAUGCACCCACGCUCAAGAGGGGAAGUGCAGCUGGCGUGAAAGCUAAGAGCAGCAGCAGCAGCAGCAGCAGCAGAACGCCAACAGGACUUCUCCAUAAAGACGCUGUAAAGGAAGAAAGGGAGACACCCAAGACACCGCCUAGCAGCCAGGCCAGCAGCAUUAGCAACAUUAGCAGCGUUAGCAGCCUCAGCGGCCUUAGCAGCAGCAGCAGCAGCAGCAGCAGCAGCAGCAAUAGCAGUAGCGUGUCUCCCGUCUCUCCAUUUGAGCUCAGCGCUACGGGGAGCCGUGGAGCUCAGAGUUGCAGCCCUACGGGGCAGCGCAGCAGGAGCAGCAGCAACAGCAGCAGCACAUGCACAAAAAACAACAGUGACACUAACGGGAGUCCCGAGGAUCCCAGCAGCAGCAGCAACAGCAGCAGCAUAAGCAGCAGCAGCAGCAGGGGUAAGAGGAUGCUCGAGAUUCCGGAGGAAACAGAACUGCUAAAGCGCAGUCGGCCUAAGGGCUGUAAAGACAGCCCCAAAGAUUCUGCUGUUGAUUUGCCCCCUGAAGCAGCAGCAGGAGCAAAAAAUGAUGAUGAUGGUGAUGCUGCUGCUGCUGCUGCUGCUGCAGCAACUGCUGCAGGGUUAGCAGAUAAUGAUGAAAAAGAGGAACAAGAUCUAUCCAAAGAAGAAGAAAGAGAAGCAGAAAUAGAGAGGCUAUCCUCCUUAUUACAACAAAAAAAAAGAUAUGCUCGACCACAUUACUGGUUUGGAAUUCGUCUUUUUCGAGACGAAAAAAUUCUAUUAAAUUGUUCUAUCGAUUUGCCUAUAGAGGAACAAUGUCCAAAUGCUCCCCCAGAAAAUAGUAGCAGCAGCACCAACAGUAGUAGUAGUAGUAGUAGUAGUAGUAGUAGUAGUAGUAUUAGUAGUAGUAGUAAGCAUACACUAGAUGCAGCAGCACAUGGUAAAAGGGGAGCAAGUAUCAGCAGCUGCAGCAACAGCCGUGGCUGGUGA